ACGAGAAAAGAAAAGUGCUCAUUGAAGCCAAUGGUGGUUGUUUGGACAUGCCACCACUUGUUUAUUCAUGCCAUUAAAGAGCCACUAGCAACAGAAGUAUGAGACAGCACAAUUGGCUUUGCUUAUUACUUCUUAGUUAUUCCAAUCGAUCGGUCUACAAAUAGGGGCACAAGAGUUAAAGAGAGUGGGCAGAAGAUCGAAAUGGCAAGUCAGCACAUGCUCUGCUUUUUGGAUCUUUUUCUUCUUCUUCUUCUUUGCAGCGUCGACGAAGGGCAUGGAGCUCCGUGUAGCUCGGCGGACAUCAGCAUAAGGCAGAGCAGGACAGGGGGAGUAGUGGAAGUGAAGCCGGAGUACGAGGUGUGGGUCAGCAAUGGCUGUCGGUGCUUGCAGUCGAAGGUGGUGCUGAGAUGCUACGGGCUCAGCAGCGUAGAGCCGGUGAACCGUCGGGCCAUCCGGCCGGUCGACGAGGAGCGGUGCAUCGUGGGGGACGGCCGGGCCAUCUCGAGAGGGACGCCGGUGAGGUUCAAGUACGCGUGGAUGACGCCGCAGGAUUUCCCCGUCGUCAGCACGAAGAUUCAACAAUGUAACUGAGAGUUGAAGGGAUCUGAAACAGAUGAAUUGUGUGUGCGUGUGUGUUUUGGUCUGUAUGCAUGGAUGAGUCACAAGAUUGGGGGUUUCUGCAUUGUUCCAGCUCAUACAUGCUAAGAUGCACACUUUUUUUCAUU